AUGACAAAGACGGAUGGUAAAGGCAUUCGUGAUGAUAAUGCGGUGAGACUUGCGCUAGGAGUAACCAAUGUCCUUCUUGCUCUUUCGGCAGAUCGUCGACUUGUGACAGCCCAUGUCAGCGGCGAUCUUGGCGUAGCUCUGGCUUUCAUCAUUGUCAACUGUCUCCUCGACGGCGGCGAGGAACUCGUCGGUUCUAACGGCCAAGGAACGAACGUUGUGGGCCUUUCGUUUGGCAGUAAUCUCACACGCCUUCCACUUACUCUAAACUCCCAUGACCAUGGUUCUCUUGAACCCAAACCAGGUCAUCACUUCCGCAGGCUUCUUUCCGACACGAAAAGAAGCUACUACCGCUGCUCUGCGCUCAUAAAUCGACUCCUCGAUUUAUCUCAUUCAUAUCUAUCUAUCUAUCUAUCUAUCUAUCUCUAUCUAUCUAUCUAUCUAUGUCUAAUGGAUAUCAGUUUUCAGUUAGCGCCUUUAUCUACUGUCCUCAAGGAUACAUGGCACAGUGGAUAA